AUGGCAUCAGACGAUUCAUCCGAUGACGAGUACUGGGGCUCUUACACAAGGACUCCCCAGGAGAAUUUCAGUAUCCCAUCAUUGGGGCAGGCCCGCAGUGAGCCAUGGCCGGGCGGCCGAGAAUCCGAAGCUGCCCAGUUGGUGGGCAAGGAGUUCUUCGGCGGCUGCUCGCUGUCGACGACUUGCUCCCAGGAUGCCACCGAGAUGGAGACCGACGCGACCGUUUCUGUUGACAGUCAGACGUUCAAGUUGCAUAACCUUCUUGGCUUUGGGAGUUUUGGCUCCGUCUGGAUGGCAAGCUGUACAGCAUCUGGCAGGAUCAUCGCGUUGAAGGAAGUACAGAGCUCCUCCAAUGAAGGCAUGGAGGCCGCAAUGCUGGAGGCCAAGCGCCUUCGUGCCCUGCGCGAACUAAUUCAGGACGACAGAGCUUGCGCGGCUCUGCCGUACUUAGUGUGUGCUGGAACUGUGCUCACCAGUACAGGCUACCGGACGCUUCUGGCAAUGGAGCACAUACCAGGCGCGCCUCUGCAACAGGCCCUCGAGGCUGGUCAGCUCUGCGCGCACAAGCUGCACCCCAUGGCGCAGGCCUUCCGAGUGGCCGCGACGAUGUUAGGCCAGAUCUCCGCGGCGAUGUGCCACGUGAGCAGCCGCUUCUUCCACCGUGACGUCAACUCACACAACAUCCUGGUCCAGGUCAUGACAGGGCAGCUCAGCUUCGGCUUGAUCGACUUUGGCCUCGCCGUGGACUCCGAAAUCUGGAGAGCUGGUGGCUGGCGCAUGGCGGGUGCUGCCGGGGAUGGACGCUAUUGGACCAUAUCUUCUUGGCUGCUCUUCUCGCGGGGCACCGACGCCCUGUCCGCGGACCAGGAUUUGCAGUCGGAGUAUGCGAACUUCAUCGACCUACACUCUGCAGGCCUCAGUGUCUUGCAGACUCUGGCGGUGCUCAGCAAGGACGGGCCUUUGGUUCCCACCUGCAAGGAAGAGGAGGCAGCCUUCCUCACCAUGGAACAUCUCGGAGAGGUGUGGAAGCAGUACUGGUGCCAUGCGUCAGCCUGUUGGCAGCAAGUGCUUGAUGCCUUCAACAGUGACGCUCGCAACGAAAUCAAGGUGAAGCUUGCAGAGGAGAUGGUGCAUGACACCUUCGCAGCGUAUUUUGUCCGACUGCGUGUUGCGCUGGAGCAGGCCCUCGCCUCCUUCCGGUGCCUUCCUGACACUUCAGGUGGCAGCCGUGUGCUGGGCGGUCCGAAGUUGGCGUGUGGAGUCCUCGAGGCGCUGCUCAUCAUGAUCAGCACUGGCAGGCCUUGGAGAGGCCAAGCUGGCUGGAAGGAGGUGGGGCAGCUCCUUUCCGAGGAGAAGACUGGGAUCGCGAGUGAUGCCUCGGUUUGA